GUGGCGUGUGUGUGGUAUGUGCGUCAGAACAGAAUAAAAAUCACAAAAUUCAACAAAAAAGUGAUUUAAAAGUGCAAAAAUCCAUUACUAAACAAACUAAAACAACCACAAAAUAUUUCUAUUACAUCCUAGUUCUAUUAAUGUGUCGAUCAGUGCCCCCCGCAUGCGGCAGAAUGGACAAGAUUUUUUGGUGAUUACUAUUUUGAAUUCAAGACCGUUUCAGUGAGUCGCCAACACCAAAAUGGCAGAGAUAGCUCUGGCCGCCGACAACGCCUUCAGCACCCCUGCCAACAUCGUCAAAGAGGGAUUCCUCUACAAAAGAGGCGAACACAUCAGGAACUGGAGAUCGAGAUACUUCAUUCUGUUUGACGAUGGAAACCUGGUCGGAUUCAAAAACAGGCCUGUCUCGAAUUGUCUGGGUGAGCCCCUUAAUAAAUUCACGGUCAAGGGGUGUCAGAUCAUGUCCCAGGACAGACCGAAGCCCUACACAUUCGUGAUAAGGGGCCUGCAGUGGACGCAGGUCAUUGAGAGGACAUUCCAUGUGGAGAGCGAUGUGGAACGCCAAGGAUGGAUGGAAGCAAUUCGUUAUGUUUCAAAUCGUCUGGCAAAUUCUGAGGAUUCACAAAGUCUGAAUGAUGAUGUCGAUAUGGCAGCUGAGGUUGCUGAAGAUGAGUUAUCGGCCAAAUUUUCGUUGCAGGGUACAUCAACAGGCAAAUUCAGUGGAAAGAAGAAAGUUACUUUGGAGAAUUUCGAGUUCCUGAAAGUUUUAGGCAAAGGCACCUUUGGAAAGGUAAUUCUGUGCAGAGAAAAAGCAACACAACAUUUGUAUGCUAUCAAAAUUCUCAAGAAAGAAGUCAUCAUACAAAAAGAUGAAGUAGAGCACACUUUAACAGAGAAUAGAGUGCUGAGGACGACAAAACAUCCAUUUUUAAUUUCUUUGAAAUAUUCUUUCCAAACUCCUAAUCGAUUGUGUUUUGUUAUGGAGUAUGUAAACGGUGGUGAAUUAUUCUUUCAUCUGAGCAGAGAUAGAAUCUUCUCCGAAGAGAGGACGAGGUUCUAUGGAGCUGAAAUUAUAUCAGCCCUUGGAUAUCUACAUUCUCAGGGUAUCAUUUAUAGAGAUCUGAAACUGGAAAACCUUCUCCUGGACAAAGACGGUCAUAUCAAAAUUGCAGAUUUCGGUCUUUGCAAGGAGGACAUAACUUAUGGGCGGACGACAAAGACGUUUUGUGGAACGCCCGAAUAUUUAGCACCAGAAGUACUGGAAGACAAUGAUUACGGCAGGGCCGUAGAUUGGUGGGGCGUCGGUGUGGUCAUGUACGAAAUGAUGUGCGGCAGGUUACCGUUCUACAACAGAGACCACGACGUCCUGUUCACCUUAAUCUUAGUCGAAGAAGUCAAAUUUCCCAGGACAAUCUCGCCUGAGGCCAAGAGCGUCCUGUCAGGUUUAUUAGCCAAAAAUCCUGCUGCUCGUUUGGGCGGAGGAGAGAACGAUGUCAGGGACAUUAUGGCCCAUCCUUUCUUCAGCUCCAUCAAUUGGACUGAACUCGAACAGAAACAAAUUAUGCCCCCCUUCAAGCCCCAAGUGACCUCAGACACUGAUACGAGGUACUUUGAUUCUGAGUUUACGGGAGAGAGUGUGGAACUGACACCUCCUGAACAACCGGGACCCCUUGGGGCUAUUCAGGAGGAACCCUAUUUUCAACAGUUCAGUUAUCAAGAAUUCGCAUCGACGAUGGGCAGUUCGGCUCAAAUUAGCGGUGCGUCUUCGGCAGGAGUCGCCAACAUGCAGUAAGUCUGUGAUAAAUCUCUGACAAACAAAUUAAAAACAAAAAAAAAAUUAUUAAUAAAAAUACACAAAAACGAAUAAAUAAAAUUUAUAAAAAAAAUUACAUACACACAGACACGUACAUUGACACACACGAUUGAGAGAAACUACUUAAGGUAAUAAUAAUGAUAAAAGAUUUUCAAUGGGAAGGUGAAAAAUUUGGGUCGCGUCGAAAU